CAAGUCAAGAUGCUGAACUCGAGACGCGCUCGAGUGCUGCCGCCGCGCCAGCCGCAACGACUGAUCUGGAGCCGCGCAUCAGACUUCGUGGCGUGGUUGGGCCUGGGCCCCAAUACCAACCCCGAAGCCUCCGGCCAGCAGCAGACACAGCCACCCAAAUCCAGGCAAGCACCAACGUCAUCUCCGUCGCCUCCCAGCCGCUUGGCUGUCAAGCGCGUACUCAGGCCGCAGCCUCCCGCCGACAAUUCGUUCCCGACUUUCCAGCGCUCGUUGGAGUCGGGUAAGCGCAAGGCUGCGGCCCACGCGCUCGGUCGCUUUUCGUUAGAAAUCAAGCAUGUUCCUUCAUCUACGCAGCUACUGGACGCUUGGCAGGUUGUUUCGCAGUGUCGGCCAUUCGUAGUGGACAGUGAAAAACCGCUUCAAGUGCGCCUGGCAACGGCGGCGGAUGUGGGCGAUAACCGGCCUUGGCUGCUGCAGAUUGUGCCUGCCGACGCCUUUGCGCAGCUCUCAGUCGACAUUUCCACACGCUCGAUGUUUGUGGGCUCCACAGGUCCUGACCUGGACGCGGACGUUGUGGUGGCCAAUGAGGCGCUGAUGGUGGGUAAUCUGGUCAAAGCUUUCCACCAAAUGAAUGAGCACAAGCUGGCGGUGGCAUUCUUUGAAGCCUACGACCGCGACCGGAGAGUGUGGCUGCAGGAGCAUCAGCUACGCCAAGCAGCCAAGGUGCUCGACGACGACAUUAGUUAUGCAGACGACGAAGAUGAAGCUGAAGUGGAGGCGAAAGAGAAACCGGUACCGAUCGAACACGUCACUCAGUUGCCACGCGCUGUAUACUCGUGCUAUCUUCGCUCCCUGGCUACUUUGAAGCAGACGAAGAAGAUUGUGCGGCUUUUUGAGAACGAUGAGCACCAGCUCGAGAGAAUCUGCAGUACCGUUCCCAACUUGCAGUUGCUUCUCCAUGCCUGUUACAGCGAGAAGAACGGGGAGCUGGCAAGACGCGCGAUUGACACGAUCACUCAUUGUUCUCCUGCCGCCGUCAUUCCACUGGGCUGCUAUGAACUCGCCAUUCGAUCCAACCUACGCGAUCGCAAACGUGACGAGCGAGAAUUGGUAACUGCGAUUCACCUGGCUAAAGCACUGCAGAACGAUGGAGGCUACACGUUGAAACCCGACAUUUGGAGCGGCCUGAUCAAGGUCAGCUUGAAUAUGAACCGUCCAGACCUCGCACUCGAAGUCUUCAAAAGUUACCCACGCCACUGCAUACCUGAAUACCAGACUAACUUCCGCCAGGUGCUGCGUGCAGCCUGUCGCUUCACAGAUUCGACUGCGCUGGAUAUGAUGCACUUCUGCUGGGCCAACUACGGCAGUGAAUCCUCCAAUGCGAAGACGCUAUUGGAAGAUCGAAAAGCGUAUCAUGAUACCAUUUGCCUCAACAAUCCGGAUACUAGAGGACUGUCACUGGGGGAUGCAGUUCUGGCAUCGACGAUUCCUGUUUUAAACAAGGAGGCUGAGAUCGAGUUGCUCAAUAUGAUGCUGUGGGAAAUGCUCAAGCACCGACACGCCGUGCCGUCGCUCGUGCAGGUGCUGGAUAUCAUGGAAGCCACUCGCUCGAAAGGUGGUGCAGUGGCCUUACGGCAAACUGUGCGAGUUCUGUUUGAGUACGACAUGAAGAAGAUGUCGCCUCACGAAGCCGUGGAGGGCUCUCUGAAGUUCUGGGGAGAGCGCUCUUCAGUGCUAAGUGGUCAGGGAUUUCUGGUGUAUCUACUGCUGGAGGAAUGCAUUGAACGCCACUGGGAUGACGAAUGCGAGUUCUUGGUGGACUAUUUGCUGGAACUUGGCGUGGCCCGCGUGCCAGUCAACACGAUCGUCAAGAUGAUGGGAAACAACGAGAUCCGCGGACGGUUCGAAGCGAAUGCUCGUAUUGGUGAAAAACUCCUUGAAAGACUCUCGCAAACUAACCGCUCGAAGCUGCGCGACGACUUUUAUGAGCGCUACCUCAUGAGCUACCUCCGUCUCGAACAAUUCGACAAAGUGAGUGAGCAGCAUACCAAGCUUAAUCUUGAAAAGCGUUACCCCCACAACGAGGUGAUCCGGACAAUUGUUCAAGACGCAACUACACAAUAGAAUAGUGGUCGUCAAUAGAAAAAAGAAGAAGAUUGGUGUUGAUCUUUUUUCAUGUUGGUAACUUCCUUUUGCUACCGUUGUUGUUGUUUUGAUAAAUAGUUUUUUGCGUCUCGCUACAGAGUGCAGUACGGUGAACUAAUGGCGUCCGACACUACACCUGAC